AUGCUAAAGCGAAUCACCCUCGUUCUUUUCGUGUUGCUGCCGACCCUGACAGGCACCGUCCACGCCUUCACAUUCUCUCCGAAAUCCAAUGUGAGGGUAUCUGUAUCUUCCUGUCGCCACCAGGUGUCCAAUCCAUUACACCCAACAAGAUUAUGUACACUGGGCAAACCAGGUUCAAGACAACAGGAGCUAUUCAAGCUUGCCAGUAGUUCUUCUUCACCAGAUGACAACAACAACAACUCACUUUCUUCAUCACCAAACUGGACUGUCGUCGCCUUCUUGGGCACCAUUUCCUUUUUGUACUGGUAUUGGAUGGUCCUGGCCGCGGCUGCCGUCGCCAAUGACUGGCCCGCCGUCCCGGACUUUAUUCCGUUGGUCCCGGGAUGGCCACCGUCGGAUCAAGAUUUACAGCCCGUCAUGGAAGAUGCCUUUCAUUUCUUUUAUCUUUCCGAGCUGCUGCAAAAUUCCGAUGCUCCCGCCGUCAACCCAUUGCGAUUGGCCGCAUUCAACAUUGAUGAGGCGUGGAUAUUUGCAUACUUGAUCCCGUUAUGGAACGAUCCAAAACGACUUCCUCGACCGGUACUAUUGGGACUUUGGAUGCUGCUGGGGAUUAACUUGACCAAUGCCUUUUUGGCACCGUAUCUGAUGGCGACCGAGAUUUUAUCCAGCAACGACAAUGAUGCAGAAUCAGCAAAAGAUACCGCCGAGGUAAUUCCUGGCAAGAAUCCCAUUGUGGCGACCAUCUUUGGAGCGAUUGCUACUGCCGUGAUAACCUAUGCCAUUGGUCAAAGCAUCUUUGUGGCGGAUGCCGCAGCGUGGAAGGAAUUUCAAACUCUGGUCGUGUCCGAUCGAACCUACUUGGCAUUUUGUGUCGAUCUGCCCUUGUUUGCCGUCUUUCAGCCAUUGAUUCUAUCCAGAGUCAAUAAGAAGGAGUUGACGGCUAUUGAUUAUGUCCCCAUUGUCGGGCUGCUAAAUUGGAUGUUCUUUGCCACAACAAAAGAUGAUUGA